AUGGGUCAAGCGAGCCGGGCCCUGGGCUGGGCCGUGGCGGCCAUCCUGGCCCUGCAGACCGCGACGGCGACCCCACACGCCCCCAACACCCUGGGCAGCGAGGCCGGGUUGUUCGCUGACCUGAGCGCCCAGGAGAUGAAGGCCGUGAGCAGCUACCUGCAGUCCAGGAAGGACCUGGGGGCUGCAGCGGCCAGCGCCCGGACCAUGGCCAAGAACUCGGUGUUCCUGAUGGAGAUGCUGUCGCCCAGGAAGCAGCACGCGCUGCGCUUCCUGGACCGCGGGGAGCGGCGGCCGGCCCGGGAGGCCUACGUGGUCAUCUUCUUCGGCGCGCAGGAGCGGCCCAACAUCACCGAGUACGCCGUGGGGCCCCUGCCGGGCCCUUACUACAUGCGGGAGCUGCCCCCGCGGCCUGGGCACCAGGUGAACUGGUCCUCGCGGCCCAUCUCCGAGGCCGAGUACGCCCUCCUGCAUCAGCUCCUGCAGACGGCCACGCGGCCCCUCGAGCCCUUCUUCCGGGCCACCACCGGGUUCUCCUUCCACAACUGCGGGGACCGCUGCCUGACCUUCACCGACGUGGCCCCCCGCGGCCUGGCCUCGGGCGAGCGGCGCUCCUGGUUCAUCGUGCAGCGCUUCGUGACCGGCUACUUCCUGCACCCCACGGGGCUGGAGCUCCUGGUGGACCACCGCAGCACCGACGCGGGCGAGUGGCGCGUGGAGCAGGUGUGGUACAACGGCAAGUUCUACGGGACCCCCGAGGAGUUGGCCCGCAAGUACGCUGCCGGGGAGGUGGACGCCGUGGUCCUGGAGGAGGUGCUGCCCACCCCCAGCAAGGGGGAGGAGGCCGCGGAGGAGCCCCCGUUCUUCUCCAACUACCGCCCGCGGGGGGACUUCCCCUGGCCCUUCACCGAGGCCGCCCCCCGCGUGACGCAGCCCGGCGGGCCCCGCUACCAGCUGCACGGCAACACGGUGCACUACGGCGGCUGGCACUUCGCCUACCGGCUGCGCAGCUCCUCGGGCCUGCAGGUGCUGGACGUGCGCUUCGGGGGCCAGCGCGUGGCCUACGAGGUGAGCGUGCAGGAGGCCGCGGCCCUGUACGGCGGCCACACGCCCGCGGGCAUGCAGACCAAGUACAUCGACGUGGGCUGGGGCCUGGGCAGCGUCACGCACGAGCUGGCCCCCGGCAUCGACUGCCCCGAGACGGCCACCUUCCUGGACGCGCUGCACUUCUACGACAGCGACGAGCCGGGCCGCUACCCGCGCGCGCUCUGCCUCUUCGAGAUGCCCACGGGCGUGCCCCUGCGGCGCCACUUCAACUCGGACUUCUCGGGCGGCUUCAACUUCUACGGGGGCCUCAAGGGCGAGGUGCUCGUGCUGCGGACCACGUCCACCGUGUACAACUACGACUACAUCUGGGACUUCAUCUUCCACAACAACGGCGUGAUGGAGGCCAAGGUCCACGCCACGGGCUACGUGCACGCCACCUUCUACACGCCCGACGGCGUGCGCCACGGCACCCGCCUGCACACGCACCUGCUGGGGAACAUGCACACGCACCUCGUGCACUACCGCGUGGACCUGGACGUGGGAGGCUCCAAGAACAGCUUCGAGACGCUGCGGAUGACGCUGGAGAACGUCACCAACCCCUGGAGCCCCGAGCACCGCCUGGUGCAGCCGACGCUGGAGCGGACCAAGUACUCCCGGGAGCGCCAGGCCGCCUUCCGCUUCGGGCAGAAGCUGCCCCCGUACCUGCUGUUCACCAGCCCCAAGCAGAACCCCUGGGGCCACCACCGCAGCUACCGCCUGCAGCUGCACUCCAUGGCCCACCAGGUGCUGCCGCCCGGCUGGCAGGAGGAGCGCGGCGUCACCUGGGCCAGGUACCCCGUGGCCGUGACGCGCUUCCGGGAGUCGGAGCUGAAGAGCAGCAGCCUCUACAACCAGAACGACCCCUGGGACCCGCCCGUGGUCUUCGAGGAGUUUCUGCGCAACAACGAGAACAUCGAGAACGAGGACCUGGUGGCCUGGGUGACCGUGGGCUUCCUGCACAUCCCCCACUCGGAGGACAUCCCCAACACGGCCACCCCCGGCAAUGCGGUGGGCUUCCUGCUCCGGCCCUUCAACUUCUUCGCGGAGGACCCGUCCCUGGCGUCCAGGGACACGGUGAUCGUGUGGCCCCGGGUCAGCGGCCCGAACUACGUGCAGCGCUGGAUCCCCGAGAACCUGGCCUGCGACUCCCCCGACCCUUUCAGUUACAACGGGACAUUCGGGCCGUGA